ACAAAUAAAACCCAGUUAACCUAAUUAAUCUCAAAAUAUAGUCAAAAAUCUAGUUUUUAUCAAAAAGUAAAAUGUUUGGCUGAUUAAUUAGCAUUGAAAAUAAUUUUUAUAUGAUAUUUUUUAAAUGCUUAUUAAAAUUUUCAGUAUGAAUGUAACAUCAGCAAUAGUGAAAAGAUCUUCAAAGUUGAAUUCUAGAAGAUAUAUCUUUUCUUUCAGCAAAGUAGAUAAUACAUCAAAAGUAUUGCGACAACGGUUUCUGGAUUACUUUAUUAAAGAUCACAAUCACAAUUUUAUUCGUUCGAGCCCUGUAGUACCCCAUCAUGAUGCCUCCUUGGCUUUUGUAAAUGCUGGGAUGAAUCAGUUUAAAGGUAUUUUACUUGGUAGACAAAAACCACGGUAUCUAAAAGUUGCCAACUCACAAAAGUGUGUUCGUAUAGGAGGAAAACAUAAUGAUCUUAAUGUGGUGGGAACCGAUGGCUAUCACCAUACUUUUUUUGAAAUGUUGGGUAACUGGUCAUUUGGAAAUUAUUUUAAGAAAGAAGCAUGUGAAUUGGCAUGGCAGUUGUUAACAGAGGUGUAUAAAAUAGAUUCUAGGAUUUUAUAUGUAACAUAUUUUGCUGGAGACAAAGUAUUAGGAUUACAACCUGAUUAUGAAUGUAAAGAAAUUUGGAAAAACAUUGGAGUGUCAGAAGAUAGAAUUCUACCUUUUGGUACAGGUGAUAACUUUUGGGAGAUGGGUACUACAGGUCCAUGUGGUCCUUGCACUGAAAUUCAUGUAGACAUGAGAGGAGGCACAAAUAGAGCUCAGUUUGUUAACAAAGGCUUAUCUGAUCUUACAGAACUUUGGAAUAUUGUUUUCAUUCAGUUUACCAGAAAUUCAGACAAUUCUAUAAAACCUCUGCCUACAAACCAUGUUGAUACAGGCAUGGGGUUGGAAAGAUUAUGUGCCCUGUUGCAAGGAAAACUGAGCAAUUAUGAUACGGAUUUGUUUUCACCAAUUUUUGUGGCAAUUCAUAAAAUCUGUAAAAAUAUUCCACCAUACAGUGGAAAAUAUGGUGAAGCUGACUGGAACCUUUUGGAUACAAAUUACAGAAUUUUAGCUGAUCAUGCUCGAAUGAUAACGGCAUGUUUAGCUGAUGGAGUAAUACCAGAACAAAACCAAAAAUUAAGAAAAAUAAUGCGCAAGGCCUUUUCAGUAAGCGAGGCUUAUUUUAAUGUCGAGAAUGGUCUUCUGAAAGAACUCACGAAUUAUGUUGUAGAAAAGUUAGGAUGCUUUUACCCAGAAAUGGAGAAGAAUAUAAAAACGAUACACAAAAUAGUGGAUCAUGAAGAGGAGGUUUACAGAUUGAUAAGAAAAGUGUCUGCAGCGGAAUGGAAAAAAAUAGUCAAUAAACAACCUGACUUGUCUAAUUUUGACGUAGUUGAGAUGCCAGGUCUAGUGGCAGCUUACAAAGAACUGAAAUCGUUAAAUACGAAUUCGUUAACUCCUCAACUGGGUUAUAAGCUGUUCGACACGUACGGUCUCGAUCAAGAUACAAUCGAGAAACUGUCGUCGAAAUUAAAUAAAAAAUUCGACAUUGACGGUUUCAAAGAUGAGCUCCAAAAGGCAAAGGCGAGAAGCAGACACGUUUCGCACUCUAAUGUCGAUCGUUUUUUAGAUACAUUAGAAAAAAGUCAAGUCCCAGUCACUGACGAUUCCUACAAGUACAUUUACUCAAAAACAGGAAACGGUUACAACUUUAAGCCGCUGCAAGUAACUAUCCUAAGGAUCGCAAAAGACGGUGAAGUUUGUGAAAAAGUCAAACCCAACAUCGAAUGCACUCUCGUAUUAGACAAGUCGAAUAUGUAUACAGAAGCCGGGGGUCAGCUGGCGGACCGAGGAGUCCUCGAACUUGAAAACGGAAGUCGUUUUGAAAUAAACGAUGUGAGAAAGGAAAGGGAGUAUAUACUUCACAUAGGUAUCCUGAAAAGCCCAAACAACACCACUUUCUUGCAAAUAAACACUCAGGGACUACUUAAAAUUGACGAGAAUCUGCGCUUGGGCAAUAUGAGAAAUCAUACUGCCACGCAUCUGUUAAAUGCAUCUCUGAAACGACUGAAGGGGGCUACGUGUCAGAAAUCGAGUAAAGUAGCGCCCGAUUGUCUCAAUUUAGACGUAAGCAUAUUCGGAUCUAAAUUGACUACAGAUGAAAUCGAAGCUGUGGAAGUUGAUAUAAAAAGUGUAAUUGAUAGUAACACCGACGUGAGAGUUAGUGAAAUUGACAGUCAGGAGUUGUUAAGCUUUGAUGACGUUGUUAUGGUUCCGGGAGAGAUUUAUCCUGAGACAGGGAUUCGGUUGGUGGAGAUUGCAACUGGAGAGGGAUUCUUAUCCAGAGAACCUUGUUGUGGCACACACGUAAUCAAUACAGCCGAUCUAGAGGACUUUUGCAUCGUGAAGGUACAGUCUUUAGGGCGAACUACCACGUCCAUAUAUGCAGUAACGAACGGUCGAGCAAUGAAAGCACGAGAAAAUGGAGUUGCAGCUCUCGAUAAGAUUGCCGAUCUUCGAAAAAGUCUGAACGAUAAUAUUGAUACGCCAGAAAUUUUAGAGAUGACUAUCAAGUCGAUGAACCGAAGUUUACAAUGUGAUGUGAACGAUCCAGAGAUCCUGCCCGCUGCUGUGGGAAACAGGUGCAAGAAGGAGUUGAGCAAGAUGAGUAAGCAGAUAGAGGAAGUUGCAAGAAGUAGUUUAAAAAAAUUUGUUGAAGAAGAAAUGCGAAACGUCAUUCAAACGAAGCAGAAAAGAACAAAGACUAAUCACCCCUAUAUAAUCCACUUUCUCAGGUGUUCUCCUAUGCUAGACAGCGUGCCACUACAAAACGCCACAAAAGUCUCUUCGGAUAUUCCAACGCUAGUUAUUUCGUAUUCGGACAGUACAGUGAAAGCACGAUGUUGUGUACCAAAGGCUAUGAAAAACGAAAAGUUUGACGCACUAAAAUGGCUUUCGUCUACAGUGUGCUCGGUGUUUAAAAGUAACCCUAUUCCGGCAAUAGGCCAGGACUUGACCCUGGUGUGCAAUAUGAAGAACAAAAAGGUCAAAAUCAAAGACUGGGACUCUUUGCUGAGGCAAAGUCUUGCCGCGGCUAAAGAAUACGUCGAGAAACAUCUCUAGGUAAAGUUAUUUUGUUAACACAAAAAUAAUAAAAACAAUAAUAAUUUAUGUUUGUUAGGUA